AGAAAUAAAGCAAUGCUGCAGGCACUUACUGGACUACAGUUUCAGCUCAGAGGAAAGCUACAGGAUCAAAAGUGGCCAGACAAGCACCCUCGAGAAGAAGCCCAUGCACAUUAUGCACAGUGUCAUAUGCCAGUUUCACAGUAUCCUGCGUUCAAUGGAUUUUUUCCAAUGGGAACACAGUUUUCAUCAGACAAAGCUCCAGCAAUCUCAGAGGUACAAACACACUUGGAAAACCAGUCUAGAUACCACAUACAGCAGAGCCAGAGGCACCAGGUGAAACAAUACCUGACCCUUGAUACCAAGCUGUCCAGCCAGACGCUCUCCCUGUCCCACUCUCACACAAUCCAGCCUGCGGGAGUGACCUCCAUUCUAAGAAACGGACACAUGCCACCAGUGAGCAGCACUGGCACUCCGGAAAGCCCUGUCACCAAGCUGCUGGCCCUUGGAGGAGAACACGAAAAUGCGAUGGAAGAGGUGAUUGAAGACAUAAUCAAUAUGGAAUCAAAUUUUAAUGAUGAAGGGAUAGGUUGUUCUGAAACUCCUUUACUAAUGCAAAGAACUCUAUCUAGCAGCAUUUUGGAUAUAUAUAACAGUGACCAGGGAAUGGCACCAGCUAAUAUGGGUCUCACAAAUGCCUCUUGCCCAGCUAAUCUACCAGUAAAAAGGGAGCUAACAGAAGCAGAUACAAGAGCAAUGGCAAAGGAGAGACAAAAAAAGGAUAACCACAAUCUCAUUGAGAGAAGAAGAAGGUAUAAUAUUAAUUACCGAAUCAAGGAGCUUGGCACACUCAUCCCCAAGUCUAAUGACCCUGAUAUGCGCUGGAACAAAGGAACUAUUUUAAAAGCAUCGGUGGAGUACAUCAAGUGGCUACAAAAAGAACAACAGAGAGCCAGAGAAUUAGAACACAGGCAGAAGAAAUUAGAGCACGCUAACAGAAGACUUCUACUCCGAAUUCAGGAACUGGAGAUCCAGGCACGUGCACAUGGUCUUCCAAUCAUGUCUUCACUCACUGCUGUCGAUUCAGCUGCACAGGUCAUCAAGCAACAGUCUUAUCCAGAGGAGAACUCUGUAGACUACUCUCAACAAAUGCCUCUGGUACAUGGACAAAAUUCUGAUGUCUGCGAUGGAUCUACAGGCUUUUCUGAUCCACUUUCACACUUCACGGAUUUGUCCUUCAGCGCAGCUCUAAAAGAAGAACAAUGUCUAGAGGAAAUUUUAUUGGAUGACACAGUGUCACCAUUUGGAACAGACCCACUCUUGUCCUCCACAUCCCCAGCUGCCUCAAAGGAGAGCAGCAGGAGAAGCAGCUUUAGCACAGAUGAUGGAGAUGAUUUAUAAAAGCAGAAAGGGUCUCAUACUUCUCUAAACCACUUGUUAAAAGACUGAGUUGAACGUAAGCAUGGUGUUUAUUCUUAUUUUAGAUACUUAUAAGGAAAGACACUGUGAAAAUCAAUUAUUACAUGACAAAGUUUUCAAUGAGCCCUUACUUCACAGGAAAAUAAAUGGACAUGAACUCAUACCACUCUGCCCCAUAUUCACCAUCUGUUCACAGCUGGCAUUUGCACAAAUCUCUCUUCACUGGGAAUAUUUUUACUAUCAUUCCAUGACUUUUUACAGUACUAAGAAAACUGUUACCACAAAAGGAAUACCUAUGUUGCAAAACUGUAUUCAAACUCUUUUCAAUCUGCUUACACUUUUCUCUGCUGCAAAUAUGAGUUUUAGUAAUUUGCUAAUUUUUUUUAUUUUUUUAUAACAAAAAAUUCUACAAAAUGUGAAGCAAGAGAGAACUAUUUAAGCUUGGAACUGCAGAGAUGUUACAGUUUUUAAAAUCUGAAAAAGCCAGAAUGGUAAUGCUUUCACACAAGUAAGCAUGAAGUGUAGGUUUCUCUUUAAAAGGAGAAAAUCCAUUAAGCUUUCCAUGGAAUGUCAUUAGUUUUUAAAAUUUCAUUUGUAGAAAAAGAACACUCUUUUUAAUAUAUAUUUUAAUGACACAGAAGAAAAAUGAAAACUAACAUAGCAACAGUGACUCAAAUGAACUCAGAUAGAAAAAGAUACAGCAUUGCAGCAGAAAGACUGUGUGGAUAUACAAGACAGCACAGACACUCCAUGUUACAAUUAGCACAAUUUAGAACAAGCAGUACUUGUAACAGUACUAUGUCAGGUGCUUAUUCCAAGAAUAUUGAAACUGUGUCCUUUCUUAUGUGGAUGAAAUUGGAAUUCAGAGAUACAAUACCGGGCUGCUGGAUGACACUUUCAGCAUCCUUUGACAGCAGAGUGAGGUUUUUCCAAAGGGACUCUGUCCAUACAUGUGCUUUUGAUCCAUUUGAAAGCAGAGGGAAAUGAUAAGAUUCUCAUUGCAUACACUCUAAACAAUGAGGAUUUAAUUUGAAAUUUGACUUUGGACUCACUACAGAAAAGCUGGAAAGGAAGACUAGUCAAACCGAAGGGGAUGCUCAGAAACAUUGAUGUGAGGUACUAGCUCUCAUAACUAGCUUGCUAGGAGGGGGCAUUUGGAAAACUUGCUUGUAUACAUAGUGAAAUUCUGGAGAGUGAUGUAUGUCCCUGAAGAACAUUAAGUGCAAUCAUUCUAAUUGCAAUAUUAAAACACAGCAAAAUAAACUGGAACAGGUUCUUCAUAGGUCUUCUUCAAUCAAAGCCAAAAGAUCACAUUAGGGAGCCAUUGUGGUUUAACCCCAGGCAGCCACCAAGUCUCACAUAGCCUCUUGGUCACUGCCUGCCCAGAGAGGUUGGGGAGAGAAUUGGAAGAGUAAAACCUGGAAGACUCAUGGGUUCAGAUAAGGACAGUUUAACAGGGAAAGCAAAAGCUGUGCACACAAGCAAAGCAAAACAAGGAAUUAAGUCACUGGUUCCCAUGGGCAGGCA